AUGUUCAUAAAGAAUAUCAUCAUCUCCGGCUUCCGCUCGUAUCGUGAGCAAUCUUUUCCCGAUGGCCUUUCCUCAAAAGUAAACGUGCUUGUGGGUAAGAACGGCUCGGGUAAGUCGAAUUUUUUUGCCGCUGUUCAAUUCGUGCUGAACGAGAAAUUCGCGAAUUUGAGCGCUCUGGAAAGGAAGGAGUUAUUUCACGUUGGCAGUGGGAGGCCGGCGCUCUCUAUCUUUGUGGAGAUUGUGUUUGACAACUCUGAUGGGCGGCUUGUCAUUCCGGGCCGUGCGGAGGAGCCGGAGGUGCGGAUUCGCCGCACGGUGGGUCUCAAGCAGGAUGAGUUUCGCGUGAAUGAUCGCAGGUUUUCUGCGGCGGACGUUCACCAGCUGUUGGAAAGUGCCGGCUUUUCGUCGAGUAACCCUUACUAUGUGGUGGAGCAGGGGAAGAUUGUGAGCUUGGUGAACAUGAGCGAGGAGGACCGUUACCAGCUCAUCAAGGAUGUGGCGGGCACAAAGGUGUACGAGGCAAGGCGCGCUGAGAGCGAGCAGAUCCUUGCCGAAGCGAAGGGAAAGCAAGCACAGAUAGCAGAAUCCAUCCGGGAACUGGAAAAGCGGCUAAAGGAACUGGAAGACGAGACAGUGGAGCUGAAGCAGUUUAACGUGGCAGAUAGAGAGAAGAAGUGCAUCGAGUAUUGCAUUUUUAACGCGGAGGUGGAGGCCGCCAACGAGGCUUUGCGGAAGCUGGAGGAGGAAUGGAACAGACAAUCGGUGAUCUUCAAUAAGUCGCACGACGUUGAGGAGUCUUCGGAGGAGAAGAUCUCGCAAUUCUCGCAGAAAAUCGUGGAGAUUUCUACUGACAUUACGCGUCUUGAAAUGGAGCGGACAGCUGUGUCGAAGGACAUGGCUGCAUUGAUGAGUAAGCAGGCUGUUGUGGACCUGGACGCAAGCGAGGCAGCAGGGAAGUGUGCUCGCAACAACCGGGAGCUGGAAGCGCUCGUGAAGGAGGAUCGAGAACUGGGCGGCACCCUCCAGAGAGUGGCGACCGACAUUGGUAAGAAGCAGGCACUCUUGCGGGAGAGCGAGGAGGCGGCGAACAAAAAGGCCGCGGAGGUCGAGACGCAGCGCAAGGUUCUGGAGCGGUUGCAAGAACGCCGAAACCGGACGAAACUCUUCAAGAACAAAGCGGAUCGCGACAAGUGGCUGAAGGCCGAAAUGCAGAAGAACGAAGACUUGAUCCAAAAAUCGCAACAGGAGCUCGAUUUGGUUCGUCGCGAAACAGAACGCUUGGACAAGGAGGCGAGCGCUUUAGGGGAGCAGAUUUCAGCGCCGACUCUCUCCACUGCUGAUGUGGACCAGAGUUUGCGAGACCAUGAGCAGCGAAGGAAGGCCGCGCUGAGCAAGCGGGACGAGCUGAACCAGGAGCGACGACGGUUGUGGCAGACGGUGCACGAGCAGGAAAGCGUUGUGCAGCGGCUUGACGAAGCGUCGCGCAGUGCCAAGCACCAGUGGGAGCGGGCCGUUCGUCAAGAUGUGCGACAGGGUCUGCUAUCGCUUUCUGAGGUUCUUCACGAGUUGAGAAAUCCUGAGCUUUCUGCAGCCGUGCAUGGACCUCUGAUCGACCUUAUCCAGGUAAUGGAGGGGUACAAAACAGCGGUGGAGAUUACGGCGGGAAACACCCUCUUCCAUGUUGUCGUGGACUCGUUUGAGGUGGGUUCGACGCUGCUCGCUGAAAUGAACAAACGGCGGAAACCUGGCCGUGUCUCUUUUUUUCCGUUGGAUACGUGCAAUGGAAAGACCGCAGAUAUUCCGUCGACGCCAGAGUGCGCGCUACUGCUGUCCAAGGUGAAGUACGACACGCGCUUCAAGGGCGUGGUGGCGGAGGUGUUUGGCAGGACGGCUGUUGUUGCCUCGCUGGAAGCGGCGAGCGCGAUGGUGCAAAAGCUGCAGUGUGAUGUCAUCACGGUGGAUGGCGACCAGCUGGGACGCAGGGGUGGCAUUACGGGUGGCUUCCUCGACAAGCGCAACAUGAAGCUUCCUCUUCGGGAGCGCGAGAAGGAGCUGGCGGCGAACCUUUUUGCAGCACGCGCAAAGCUGGACGGCCUGUGCCAAGACGUGGCGACGGUGGAGCAAAGCAUCACGGAGGUGCUUAACGAGCUUGAGAUGCUUCGCAACCAGAACAUGUCAACGGAGCUGGAAGCGGAUGCACGGCUGCGUGAGUCACGACUGAUAGAGGAUCGCCGAUCGUGCUUGGCCACUCUGAAGUCCAACUUAGCGGCGACCAAGAAGGCGGUGGAGAGCUCCAUCGCUGCGGGCAUGGAGACAGUGCGGGAGCUGAAGAGGGAGCUCUCCGACGAGUUCAAGAGCGCAUGGACGCCAGAAGAGGAGAAGAGGCUGGAGCAGCUCACAGAAGAAGUGGCUAGUGCUCGUGUGACGUCGUCUGAGCUGCAGGCGAAUGCACUGCAGCUGGCAACCGAGGUUCAGCUUCUGGAGGACACCGCGCGGCACGUGGAGCGCCGUAAGGCGGUUGUGGCGGACCGCAUCCGGGAGCUGGGGUGGUCAAAACAGGCCGGGAGUAUUGCGGAUGGAGAACAGGCAGCCGUAAAGGCCGAGUUCGAGCUGCUCUCGCAGCAGUUGCAGAGUAUCGACCGUGACUUGGAGCAAGAAGGUCGCGAGCGCGAGAGGCUUCAGUCGCAGCUCGAUGCGCUGACGUCGAAGCGGCUUGGCACAGUGAGGAGCUUGCAGGAGCGCAAGGACGUGGCAGACAGGACGGAAAUGCAGCGGAGUUUGCUGGUGCAGCGACGCGAUGAGGCACUGCAAAAGAUCCGGCAGCUGGGAGUGCUGCCGCAAGGAGUUGCCAAGUUCGAGUCAGCCUCCCUAGGGAAGCUCAUGUACCACUUGAAAGCAGUAAACGAGCAGCUGAAGGGCCUGUCGCACGUGAACCGCAAGGCGCUUGACCAGCACGCGGCCCUCCUGGAGACUAUGAAAGAACUUACGUCGCAGAAGGAGACACUGACCAAGGAGCUGGACAGCAUUCACGUGUUGAUGGAGCACUUGGAUUCGAAGAAGGAAGAGGCGAUUGAGCGCACCUACAAGCAGGUUCAGUACCAAUUCGAGGAGGUGUUCAAGCAACUCGUUGGCGUCGAGAGCUGCUCUGCAGAGCUGCAGCUGGUGGCGCCUGCCGUGUCGAACAAGAAGGAGGACCCGUACACUGGCGCACGUAUCAAGGUGUCGUUUGGUCUCGGCAACCCUGUCAGCCACCUGGACCAACUCAGCGGCGGGCAGAAGUCUUUGGUCGCCUUGGCGCUCAUCUUUGCUAUCCAGCGCUGCGACCCUGCGCCGUUCUACCUCUUUGACGAGAUUGACGCCGCUCUGGAUGCGGAGUACCGCACUUCUGUUGCGAAGAUGAUGGCACGCCAGUCCGAUGAGUGCCAGUUCAUUGUGGCGACCUUCAAGACGGAGCUCCUGGACGUGGCAGACAAAGUGCUUGGCAUUUUCUUUCACAACAAAAUGAGCCGCAUCCAGACCAUCUCGGGUGAAGAAGGUGUGAGGCUGCUGAAGCAGGUAGCACUCGAGGACCGCAAGCGGACUCGCGAAGGCAACUAG